UAAAUCGAUGACCUGUAGUAUAAUAUUCACAUAAAUAUUCACGAUGACUGGACGAUGACCGUACAGAAUUAUCAGAGUGAAUAAUCGUUAUUGCUUUCUUAAAAGAACGCUGCAGUUGCAAAUCAGACUUAGCUGUUGUAACUCGUGCAUCCACAACCUUCUCAACUCGUCUGUUGGUUAUCAUUUGAUAAAAUUCGCAAACUUUAGCAUAUAAAACACCACAUAAAAAUUCCCUUACGCUUCAAUUAGUAAGUUCUUUCUAGUGAUUAUUACAUUUUUGGCAUUUUAACGCUUAAAAUCACAAUGGAUUCGCUGUGUUCGAUACCGGCCUUCUAUUCCGGAAAGAGCGUUUUCAUUACUGGUGCUACGGGGUUUUUAGGAAAAUCAUUGAUAGAAAAACUGUUGAGGUCGUGUCCUGAUAUAAAAGAAAUAUUUCUGUUAAUGCGUCCGAAGAAAGAUAUGAAUAUAGAAGAACGGCUCCGAAAGCUGCUGACUAACGCGUUGUUUGAUACAUUACGGCGUGAGCAACCCCAUUGUUUCGACAAAUUGAUUCCCAUAAAAGGUGAUAUUGCUAUUGAGGAUCUGGGUUUGUCAGACGCCGACAGAAACAUACUAAUCCAGAAGACGUCUGUAAUAUUUCAUAUAGCGGCGAACGUGAGAUUCGAUAUUACUCUGAAAAUGUCGGUGCUCCAGAACGUAAAAACUACGAGAGAUAUAUGUAUUUUAGGUGAACAUAUGAAGAAUCUGGUGGCUCUCGUGCAUGUCAGCACGGUAUACUCACAACUCGACAAACAAGUUAUUGAUGAAAUCGUGUAUCCAGCGGAAGUCGAUUGGAAGAAAAUGAUUCAAGUCGUCGAGACUUUGGACGAACAACUGUUGGAAGUGUUUAAGUCAAAGUACAUGGGCUGUAUGCCGAAUAGCUACAUAUUUUCCAAGAAACUCGCCGAGCAAGUGAUAGUCGAUUACUCUGAGUCGUUGCCGUGUGUAAUUUUGAGGCCAUCCAUAGUUACAGCAACGUUGAGCGAACCUGUAAAAGGAUGGAUGGACAAUUUUAACGGACCGGUAGCACUUGUGAUCGGCAUUGCAAAAGGACUAUUAAGGAUAAUGUAUGCAGAUAUAAACAUAUACAUUGAUAUCAUACCGGCUGAUACCUUCAGUAAAUCUACCAUUGUUGCAUCGUGGAAAUGUGGAGUGAGAAAGAGAAACAUGACGAUCAAUUUUCCACUUGUAUACAAUUGCACGAUGUCUCAUGAUAGAUGUCCGACAAAUAAAGAUAUAGUAAAUCUCUACAGGAAUUGUAAACAUAAAAAUCCUUUCGGAAAUCUACUUUGGUAUCCUCAAGUGUAUUUCACAAAGAACCUGUUGUUCUACAACCUGUUGUUUAUAUUGUUCCAAGUAAUACCUUUCUGGUUCAUCGAUGAACUCCUACGAUUAUCAGGCAGACAACCGAGAUUGAUGGCAUUGCAGAGGAAAAUUUUUAUAAAUAAUUACCUUUUGGCACAUUUCGUACUAAACAAUUGGGACAUACGAAAUGAAAGGGCGAUUAGCCUGUCUGAUGAAAUACCAAACGAUCAACAAGAAUUUGGAUAUAGAACGGUCCUCUCUAAGGGAAUUGACGUACCAUAUAUUGAAAACAGCAUAACUGGAGCUAAAAUAUAUCUUCUGAAUGAACGUAUGGAUCAUUUAGACGCAGCAAAAUCGCAGUUAAAUAGGAGGCGAACGAACACCGGGAGCCGCUUCGUAUGAAGCGCGGGAGUGGACACAAUAGCUAGUGAGCGUGACGAAAAUGGAGCGACAUCAAAAUGUUAAACACACGCGAAACUUUAUUAUUUAACAAUUGUGAUUCGAGUCGGCUCGCGCUGUUGGAGGUUUUCGAACGGAAAUUUUGCCGCGUUACGACCGGAAAUCUUCUUGGCGGCUUGAACGACCGAUCCAACCUUUACGCCGAAUCGGCGGAUCACAAUUACAAUAAAUGACGGAAAAGCGAAAAGGGCGCGCAUGUGGCCUUUUCGCGUGAUUGCUAUCGCAUCUUCGCCCUUGCGACCGAUUCCGAUUCCGAAUAUAAAUCGGAUGAGCGCCGAAUCGGCAGCAAAGAAAGAAAAGUGGUCUCAAGAUGCGGUGCGAUCAGCGUUCUGAGAAUUGCGUGACUGAUCUUGAAAAACGGAGCGAAUUCGUCUCAGAGUCGUUAGCUACACGCGGUCCUUUUAGAUUGGCUCGACUUCGCGACACAUUACCCGCUUUUUCAAUAUGGAUAUGUGUCGAGUCGCGAAGCGGAGCAUUGCUUACACACGUGAGACGCGCGUGGCACAUGCUCGAAACGUAUGGCACAAACAAACAGGCUCGCGGCAACAUCUCGUUUCCUUGUCGCUGAUCCCCGCAUCGUUGAGUCGACCUUUCUUAUGACAUAAAAUAGCUUUCUUAUGAUAUAAAACUUAAACUUAAAACUAGCUGUUCAUGUGUGGGGCGCGUAAACAGUUUCACUUUAUCGAGUUGUUAAUACUAGGCUGAUUAAUAGACAAGUUUUUCGACAAAUAAAGUUAUUCG